AUCAUAACGAUUAAGUCCUAAUCUAACCCAUCUCCCCUCCUCUUCUUCCAACAUCGAUUUCAAGCAAACAAAUGUGACUUUUCAACUUUUUUUUGAAGGAUUAAAGGAAUAGCUCAUCAAGAAUGAUUGACAAAGUGGAAGUAUUAUUCAACUUUGGGGUGAAUGGGUCUUUACUCCUCGCUUAUUAUAUAAUAAGAAUCGAUACAUUAUUGGCAUGGAUUUGACCCAGAUUUGCUGUCUUAUAAAGACUUAUGUGAAGAGUUCGAAAAAGAGAUGAAUUUUUUUAAAGUUAAACAACUCUUAGUUGUUGGACCAUCUGGUAGGUACUACAUAAUUGAUGGAGAUGAUGGUAUUAGGGCUUUGCAGUGCCUCCUUUGUUAUGAGUUUCGUAAGAUUAACUUGUUUGUUGUAGAUGCUACUGAUUUGACAAUCCAUACUCAUAACAUUCUUCAACAUUUAGAAACAUAUCAUGUAGAUGUUGAGAUAGCAUCUGAUGAUGAACUUGGUCUUGAGGACUCUAAUUCUCAUAUUGAUGGUCCAUCUGAUGUUGAGUAUGAUGAAGAAGAACGUGAGGGUUUUAGCAACCAAAGAAGGAGAGUAGUAAGUGAUAGGUUGGAGAACCUUAAGGAAUUGGAGAAGGGUAUGACAUUUUUUGAUAUUGUGGAAGCUAGAAGAAUAAUGAAUUACUAUGCAAUGGCUAAUGGUUAUGGCUUGAAGAUUAAAAAAACAGAUCCCACUAGGGCUAGAUAUGCUUGUAGAGAUGGAUGUCCUUUUAGAUGUUCUAUUUCAAAGGAUAAAAAGAGCUCCACUUUUCGUAUCCAAACCUUGAAACCAAAGCAUGAUUGUGAACCAUGUUAUAAAAAUCCAAGGGCUGAUGCUAAGACAUUAGCACAAUACUUUAAGAGAAAGGUGCAAAACAAUCCAAAAUACACUGUUAAGGACAUGAGAAUGGAAUUGGAAAAGAAUUUCAAUUUGAAUGUGACAAGGUCCAAGGUUAAAAGGACUAAGUUGAUGGUCCUAGAAAAGUUAGAAGGCAGUUUCAAGGAUGAUUUUAACAAGCUUGAAGCAUAUGGGGCUGAAUUAAAACAGUCUAAUCCAGGGACUGAUGUCGCAAUCUAGAUUUCGAAAGAUGCUUUUGAGCAAGGUAAAAGGAGGUUCUUGAGGAUGUACUUGUGUUUUAAUGCUUUGAAGCUAGGUUGGAAAAGUGGCCUGAGACCACUUAUUGGUUUGAAUGGUACUUUCUUGAAGGGAAAAGUCCAAGGUCAGUUGUUGGUUGCCACGGGACAAGAUUCUAUGAACCAAUUCUACCCAAUUGCUUGGGCAGUGGUUGACAAGGAAACCACCAGAACAUGGUCAUGGUUUGUGGAGCUUUUGAAGAGGUCUUUGGAUUUAAAAG